AUGAAAAUAUCACUUCGAAAAUUCCAUGAAGAUCUUGCUGAUCGUGCAAAAAAUACACAAGAAGCAACCGACAGUGUAUUAUCAAAAUGUUUAACUCAGCUAUCUACUCCAGCACGUUUACGUUUACCACCUUUAGAUCAUGUCAAACGUACAAUCCGUCAUCAUCGAAAAGAAAAUAAUUUACCAAAUAUACCUAAUGACGUCGAUUUUCCAUCGGUUCCAACAACUUUACAAUUUACAAAAAGAAAUGAAAUCUUUUUAAGAAUCGACACUGGAGCCGUUUCGGAUCGAAUGCUUAUCUUCAGCAGUCUUGAGCAAAGCUCAAUGUUCGCAUUAUCAACUGAGUUCUUGAUUGAUGGAACUUUUGAUAUCGUUCCAGAGAUUUUUUAUCAGUUGUAUGUUAGUCAUGCUGUACAUUGUGAAUAUGUUAUUCCGGCAGCAUUUUGUUUACUUCGUCGAAAAAAUGAAAUUACCUAUCAAGAUAUGCUUAAUAAAAUUAUGGAAUUUGCACCAACAUGGAAUCCUGAAAAUUUAUUGAUGGAUUUCGAAAAAGCGCUAUCAAUGCAUUUUCGACAAUUUUUCCACAAGCAUCUCUCUCUGACCCAAGGGCUACAAAAGAAAUAUGAAGAUUAUUCUAAUUUUGCUAAUGGAAUACAUAAAAUUGCUGCACUAGCAUUUAUUAAUCCAAAAGAUGUUGUUAAAGCAUUUGUCGAACUCAGUCUUCAUCUCGACGAUCAAUUUCAAUCUAUGUUGGAUUAUUUCGAAGACAAUUACAUUGGUCGGUUUCCUGCUAAUGGUUCACGUGCACGUCCACUAUUUGGAAUUAAAUACUGGAAUGUUUAUGAUCGAACGAAAAAUUCACAAAUGAGAACCAAUAACUCAGCAGAAGCGUGGAAUAGACGGAUCAGCAAGUAUAUGAUAACAGAUAAAACAAGUACCUAA